AUGAAACCUUCCCUCGCUGCGAAACAACCUGCCCCAAAUCCCUCGCCAUUAAUGAAUUCGCAACUUCCCAGAGGCCGAUUUGCUGCCGCGAGUUUCAACCAACGACUGCUCUCGAGCUUUUUAUCAACCGGAUCGGCCUUUGUCACACCAAAUACUGGAGUGACCUGGAAUACUGCUACGGGGGCAGAACUCAAGAAAAAACGGGUCCGACCUGAUGAGGACAUCAAACGAUGGAAUCGACUUCGCCACAAAGCCAACAGUCCCUUUGUUGCUUCCCAAGACCCAGAGAAUCCGAUCCAGUCUCCUUCAUCUCAACAACUUGGGCCCCUCAAGAAAAAACCCUUCUACUACUUCAUUCCUCCUGCCCGUCAACAUGACCCCGAACCCAAUGUGAUGCACACCUCACAAGAAACCCUUGCAUCCUCCUACAAAGGUCUUGACCAUGGCACAGUCAUAAUUGCACCACGAGGCCAGGAAGCAUUUUGCAAGGCUAAAUUUAUCCCGUUUUCCUCGAUGCCAUCAGAUGAGUUGCUUGGAUGGGAAAAGCUCGUGUGCUUUUUUCUCUCCCGAACUCAUUACAUCGCACCAGUCAAAAACAAUGGCCCUCACAUGGGUGGAACCAUGUGGGCAGAUGGAUGGCGGAAAUGCUCGAAGGCAUGUGAGGCGUUCGGCCGUUAUUGCUCUGUUACUCGGUUGGUUGCCAUGAUGCGAAAGUCAAACUACGUUGCCGAGGAUGAAGCUGUUGCCGUUAGAGAGGCCAACGACUGGAUAUCUGUUCACCUUCAAGAACUGGCUCCUGGAGUGUUUGAAGAUUACCGAGCAACUCUCAUUAAAAAUAAUUUACCCUCAAUGGCCCACAUGGAAUGGCCUCCUUCGUCGUAUCACGCUCUCGACUUUGCUUCUUUUCUCACAUUUACGAUGUACGAUUUUUUCAACGAGACCCAUUUUGAUUCGGAUGCAAACAAUUGGACCCUUGUUUGCUGGAUACCGAUCUUGAAUCCUCGGACCUCGGACAAAGAUGAUCCCAUCUUGGCAGACGAUGGAUUUGAUAUGAUAGGUGGACAAUUCACCUUUCGUGAUUUCCAGGUGUACUUGGACUUGAACAAAGUCAUUGGUGUGACCAUGUGUGUGUUCCGGUCCAAAGAUCACCGUCAUCAGACAUUGGCUGGAUCCUCACCGUCCGACAAGUAUACUCGAAUUGGCUUUUCCUGUCAAAUGUCUGAAGCCAUGUCAAAUGCUGUUGUUGCUUACAUCAAUGGUACAGCAACUGGCGACUGUAUAGCUGGUCAAAAGAAACAAAUAGACAAUGCCGAAAAAAGCAUUGUGAAUCAAGACCAAAAAAAAGCAGAGAAACAGAGAGAGAGGGAGAAGUCUAAAUGA